AACGACGAGACGAAGAAGCCCAAGCAGAAAACUGCUGUUAUUUGUGGUUACCCAAUAAGCAUCUUCUUCAUUGUGGUCAAUGAAUUCUGCGAGCGUUUCUCUUACUAUGGCAUGCGAGCUGUGCUUGUGCUGUACUUCAAGUACUUCCUGAAGUGGGAUGAUGACUUUGCCACCACCAUCUACCACACCUUUGUGGCUCUGUGCUACCUGACACCCAUCCUGGGAGCCAUCGUGGCUGAUUCAUGGCUCGGCAAGUUCAAGACGAUUGUUUACCUUUCCAUUGUAUACACGCUGGGACAGGUUGUCAUGGCAAUAAGUGCUAUCCAUGACCUCACAGAUGCAAACAAGGAUGGAACCCCCGACAACAUGACCUUACACGUAGCUCUGUCCAUGGUGGGUCUGAUACUCAUCGCCCUGGGGACGGGAGGCAUCAAACCCUGCGUGGCUGCCUUCGGUGGAGACCAGUUUCUAGACCAUCAGGAGAAGCAGAGGAGCACGUUCUUCUCCAUCUUCUACCUGUCCAUCAACGCUGGCAGUCUGCUGUCUACUGUCAUCACCCCCAUCCUCAGAGCUCAGGAGUGUGGUAUUAACACCAAGCAGUCGUGCUACCCUCUGGCCUUUGGAGUCCCUGCUGCUCUCAUGGUGGUAGCUCUGGUUGUGUUCAUUAUUGGAAGUGGCAUGUACAUUAAGACCCCUCCUCAAGGCAACAUCAUGGUGAAGGUCUGCACAUGCAUCGGGUUUGCUAUCAAGAACCGCUUUAGGCAUCGUUCUUCUCAAUACCCUAAGAGACAACACUGGAUGGACUGGUCUGAUGAGAAAUACGACAAACUCCUGAUUGCCCAGGUGAAGAUGGUGCUGAAGGUGCUGUUCCUCUACAUCCCUCUUCCCAUGUUCUGGGCUCUCUUUGACCAGCAGGGCUCCAGAUGGACUCUCCAGGCCACCAUCAUGGACGGAAACUUUGGAGUCCUCACAAUCCAGCCCGAUCAGAUGCAGACUGUCAACCCUAUAUUGAUCCUGAUCAUGGUUCCAAUCAUGGACAGUGUCAUCUACCCACUGAUUGCCAAGUGCAAACUAAACUUCUCCCCGCUGAAGAGGAUGACUGUCGGGAUGUUAUUUGCUGCUCUUGCGUUCGUUGCUGCUGCCCUGGUUCAGUUACAGAUUGAUCAAACCAUGCCUAUAUUCCCUUCAAGCACUGAAAGCCAAGUGAAGUACAUCAACCUGAUGAGCACACCGCUGGACGUCAAAGCUGGAAACAACAAUUUUACUUUGAAGCCUUUCACGGCCAAUGAGGAUUACUUGACCUUUGGAUCACAAUUUACACUAUUUCUUGGGCCAGAUGCCAGCUACCAAAUAGCUAUUGAGGAGGGCAAUCGCAGCACCUCGGUCAUCGUCCAGGAAGGGACUCUACUCAAGCCUAUAACAUUCUCAGACAUCACCUCAAAGCCGGAGCAGGGCGCUAAUGCUAUCAGAUUCUUCAAUGGAUUCAACAUAACUUUGAAUAUGACAUGGGGUGACCAGAGCUUUGGGAACAUCCCCACCAACGACAUGUCAAAUUAUGUUUUGAUACCACAGGGAGUUGCACAGUACCAGAUCAAGGAUGCAUUGGGAUCAGUGUGUGACUACAAACAGGAGCUGGGCUUCGGCAGCUCCUACACCAUAGUGAUCCCUCCAACUUUCAACUUUGAAUCUACGUGUGAACAGAUCCUCGUUCCAGUGGUGGACAUCAAGCCUAACAUCAUCCACAUGGCCUGGCAGAUCCCUCAGUACUUCCUCAUGACUGUAGGAGAGGUGGUGUUCUCCGUCACCGGCCUGGAGUUCUCCUACUCACAGGCACCCAGCAACAUGAAGUCUGUGCUGCAGGCUGGUUGGCUGCUGACUGUUGCCGUAGGUAACAUCGUUGUGCUCAUUAUCGCCGAGGCUGCAACGCUCGAAGAUCAGUGGGCCGAGUACAUCCUCUUCGCCUCCCUGCUGGUGUUAGUGUGCUUCAUCUUUGCCUUCAUGGCCUAUUUCUACACCUACAUCGACCCGGCCAAGAUAGAAGCGGAGUUUGCCCAUAAGGAGCCUGAGGAGAAGAAGAGGAAGAGUUUGGAGAUGAGCAGGAAGAGCUCUCACUCCAGCUAUGAGAAGGAGGAGGAGACCCUCCAGACCAAGAUAUAAAGCCACGCUUCUCUGCUGCUUGGUUCUGUUGCAUGGACAUGUAGUGGUAAGAAUGAAUAGAUAAGGUGAACGAAGAACACAAAGGGCUUUGAUAUUAAGCUCUUGGUACACCGUGUUAGUGAAGGUUAUUGGCAGAGAUAAAUCUCAUUUUAUUUUGGCUCAAAAUGCUCUUUAGGUUCCUCAUUCAAUUAAAACCCCUUUAUUCUUGUUGGUUGGUAAUUUUGGCUUCUUCGUUGUUGUAAAUGAGAUUUUACAAUGAUUUAUUUUGCACUGUGUAGCAACAUUUUUAUUUAAUUAUUGUUCAUAGGCUUUUUUUAAAUGUAGGACAAACAAAUAAACCAUUCCAACAUUCGUAUUUAUUUCCAAACACAUUGUGUUUUAUAAUAUAUCGUCACUGUUUUAUAUAUCUAGGAUGUUCUAAUAUGCUAAAGGAUCAAAUCAAACAGUUAUAUUCCAAAUUGGAUCUCAUUCAGGUUUCACCAAUAUCUUCAAUAAAGAUGCAAGCAAUGUGUGUUGAAUAUUUUUUUGAUGCAAACAUUUUAAGAAAACUAGACUUUUUCAGUUAGCAUUAGAUCUUUAUUUCUCAUGUCACUUUGAAAGCUUACAAGGAGCUCACAUUUAACUUGGGAAUUCUCAAAUGACACAAGCAAAGAUUAUACACAGUACUAUAAACUGUCAGCUAUGAUAAAGGAGACCAAAUGUACACAUGUUGUAGUUAUUUCCGUAGCAUAUGUUUUUCUGUAAGGUAUAGAUUUUUUUUUGCCCAUAUCCGUAAAGCAUUCCAUAUUUCCAUACUUGAAUCUGCAGUUAUAAAAAUAUCAGAUAAUUUCUUUCAAUCCCUGUGUUGACAAGUGCGCCUUGAUGCAACUCCUCAACAUUAUUGCUGCAUUAGCACAGUAGUAAAUUCUGGAACUCUUAAGUAAACAUAUAUAGUAAAACAUGGCUAUUAGCAACUUUUUUUCUUUUUUCCUCUUCUUUGCAGGCUUCUUUAAAUACUCGACACACUUUCAAAGUGCAAAAAACUGAUCUGACAAAAAUAAAACAAAGGUGCAAAUCAUACUACAAAGGACAUGGCACUUCUAGCAUGGUGUGGAAGUGAGAACAGAAAUACAAAAACGAAAUAAGGAUGGCGCUUUUGGCUUUUCCUGUUUUACGCUUUAGUUUGGCAAUGAGCGGGUGUCAUGAUGUGCCUGCGAUGGUCCUCGACCGUUCUUCCACUUUAAGAAAAUGACAAGUCAAGGACCAAUAAUACUUCAGUUGAUCAGCAUUCAACUGCCAAUGAUGGUUCCCCUCGGGUCCCCUUAAUACUUUUGACAGAGAUCUGACUCCAUUCUUGUCUUAAACAAUCCAAACCAACUUAGACCUAAACAUAAUUACAAAGAAAAAGCUUCUGCCUCUAAACAAAAAAAAGCUUAGUAUCGUAGUUAGUUUGAUGAUUCAGCAGGUGGUUGAAAUGUAAGAUUGGACCUCUUAGAAAGAGAACGCUGAUUAAUACUGAACGGAAAAUCUGUGAUGAAAUGCCGGAACGUAGACGUGUGCAUCUCAAAAAGGCAAGGCAUUUUCUGUUCCUUCUGUUGGAGUAACGAUUGAAAUCUUUAAAUAUCUACUAUUUUUUUUAAACAUAAUCAGUAUCUACAAAAUGCGCGUGACCAUUUUGCACACAGUGAUUCAUUUCCCGCAUGUACAGCAUGGCGACUCCCCCCUACCCCCACUCCCCCUUUCCUCCAAAAGUCCACUUAAAGCACUUUACCUGAGGUUUCAUUAAGAAUGCUGCAAUUUGCCUUAUAACAGGGAGUCUUCCAUACACAAACACGCUCACACGUAUGCAUUUAGGCACGCACACACGCAGCUUGCACACUUAUAGUAUCCCUGCAGGUUCAUCAAGCAUGCUUUCAGAGGUUCUGGGGAUAUGACGCCUGCAUUAGGAGGGGAUUGAAGUCUUGUCUUGGAUUUUUGGGGAGAUUUUCGGCUCCUCGUCGAAGCAAAUUCCGUGUGGACUCAGAAGUCUCCCAUAUACAGAGUCCCGGUUGGCUGUGUUUCUGGUGGUUACUCUGUCUUUGUCCCAUCACAGCUGAUUCCACGGGUUCUGCUGCCCCCCCUGAGCUUCUCCUCCCGUAAGUGUCUCUCCAGAGUUCUCCUCCGCUUUGGAGUUCAGUAAUGUUUACAGGCCCCGCUCACAGAGGUCAAAUGUAAUCAGCUGGUAUUGAAUGACCUGACCCCUGACUUUUAACCUUCUGACCCAGCUCUGGAG